UAAAUGCACAUUAGCCGCGCCGUACGUGAGGUAUUUUUGUGCAGUGUUCGUCGCGAUAACUGAAAAAUAAUUAACAAAUAAAAAAAUGGCUGCUGAGUUGUUUCGACUUCUUCCUAAUGUGACGUGGAAACUCCUAUAAUUCUGCACAAUUCAUAAGCUGUACUUCAGACCAAAAUGAAAAACUUCAGAUUGUAACCUCAGAACUGUCAUCACAUCAGGCAACACAGAUAUGGAUAGAUAACAUUGGAUUCACCAACAGAAGACGUACUUUAAACACCUUACUCCAAUUAGAAAGCCUGCCACAAGCCCGAGCACUCAGCUAUACAUCCAUUUCAGGAAAUAGUGUUACGGAAAUUCACCCAUCGGCCUUCGCAAAAGGAAUACAAAAUACAAGAGCACAGCGGGAACUGUAACGGAUAGAGACUUUGCAUGGCAUCGCCAGUCAUGUCUAUGACACUUCCGCCCUUGGCCAACCUGCCCCAGUGGCAGAGGGUGCAAUCCCUGGACAAGGCCCGCUACCCUCGCCCCUUCCUCAAGGACCAGAUACCCAUCCUCCCCCCGACAAACUCCAGCGGGGCCUCCUCCUUUGUGCUUCACGCCGACAGUGAGAGCCUGGAUGCUGGCGGGUCGGAUGCUUCGGCGGUGGACCCGCUGCAGAGGCUGCACCACAUGGAACGCAGCAUGGAGUUCCUCAAGAGACAACACCACGAGGUACUGUUCAGCCUGCACCAGGAGAUUGACGAUUUGAAGAGAGAAAACAAAGAAUUACAUUUCAAAGUUAUCAUGGCAAGGGGAUCAAGCCCUAAAAAAGAAUCAUCGAGUUCAUCAAUGAAGUCCGAGGGAGAGAUCAUGCUUGGUAGCACACAAUUACAGGCUCAAAAAUUAGACCAGCUGAAGAUGCUGUACAUGGAAGACAAAGUGAAGGAGCUCACCGCAGCGGUUCAAGAUUCCCGGGGCAGAAACGCAUACCUCCAAAGAUUACUCAAAGACGCAGUCGAAAAAAGACCACCGAGUCAAGAAGCUGGCCAGCAAACCAGUCCCACCGACCAGAAAGGUCCCAGCCCGCCCGUACCCGUCAGCAUGAACCCCUUGCAGGUGCAGGGUCCUAAUGACACCCAGCCGAGAGCUCCUACCCUGGAGGAGUGUGAGGUCAUUAUUAGGCACCUGCAGGAGCAUAGUGAGAGGCAGUCACUGGAGUUGUCACAACUGAAGUCCGAUCUGAAGGACGUCUUGUACUCUCACAAGUGGACACCUGAUGCCUACCUACUUGCUAAGGCCUAUGUGGCAGACGAGGACCCUAGUGCUGGGGACAGCAAAUUACCAAGAAUAUCUCUCAAGAAUCAGAGCAAAAAGAUACCGGAGGCAGCAUUCAGCCAGACUAGCUUCUCCCUACCUCCCCUGACCCAGACCAUGGGCAACAAGGUGGCCGAACGACAGAAGAGGGUAGAGGCCGUCAAGAGGGCGCGGCAGCAACGCAAGGAGGUCAUCCUAUGACCUACUGAAUUAUUCAUCAUCACCUCCUGAAUUAUUCAUGUGUAUUUAUGGAAAUUUUAAUAUGUAGAACAGGGGCCAGAUCCGUCAUAGUCGUCCUAUGACCUCAUGAAUUAUUCAUCUUCAUCAUCACCUCCUGAAUUAUUCAUGUACAUUUACGGCAUUCUCUAGGUAGAACAGGGGCAGUUCAAUCACAGUCAUCCUGUGACCUUAUUCAUUAUUCAUCAUCAACUCUUGAAUCAUUCAUGUCCAUUUAUGGGGGAAAACAGUUGUUUAUGUAGAGGAAAGCCAGUUCAGUCACAGUCAUCCUAUGACCUAUUCAUUAUCACCUUUUGAACAAUUCAUGCUAGUUUAUGGGAGGAACCAUUUUUCUGUAGAAGAGAGUCAGUCCAGUCACAGUGUUUAUAAACCUUCGGCCCCUGUUUGUUGUCAAUUUUCCUGAAUCCUCUACAGUUCUCUACCAUAGUAUUGUACUUCGUUAGUCUUUCAAAACUCUAAAAACGCCUAGUGGACUAAAGGAUCCAAGAGGGCUUGGCAAAUAUAUUGCUCACUCCUAUUACAGUUUCCCUCACAAAUGCCUUUGGAAAACUCCCACCGUUUCAAGAUUUAGAGUGACCCAUUUUUGUCGUUGCAAGCAUCCUUUUGAAAACUUAUCAGUUUCAGAUUUACACACAGGAAUAUUCAGUAUUUUAUCUUAGAUCUGAAACUAGUGAAGGAUUGUUCGUAUUUUGCAGAAUAUGUGAAGUUCAAAGCUAUCCAUUUCCCAUCUAUCCAUAACAGUGUUAAUUUUUGUGAAAGUGUGAGUGAACUGGCUCUUUUUGGACGUGUUACUGCCUGCUGUGCUAGUCUUGCUCUGUACUUGUUACUGUAACGCAUCCUAGAAGUUCAUUAUUGUGACUUGCUCCUUGAUUUCCUACUUCUUAAUGGGUCAUUCUAUACAUUUGGGGUCCACUCUUUUCCUGUCCCUGUUACAUCUGACAUCUACGGUCUAAUAAUUCUCAUGCACUCCUUAAUGCUUUUUUCCUCCAAGAGUGAUUAUGUACUAUACAGACUACCUAAAUAAACAUUAUUUGAAGUCAUUCUUAAUGAUCCUUGAACAGCAAAUUACGAAGUACCAAUGUAAUAGGCUCAGGAAAAAGUUCAUACUUUGUACCCUAACUUUCUGGAAUGACCUUAAUAAUGUGUGUCACAAAAAGAACAUUCCCAUGCCUUUUAAAAGGAAUGGGACUGUUACUGGAUUUGGUGCUGUAAUCAUCAAUUUGACUUCUUUUUUUUUCGAACCGAACAUCGUUGAUUGCUACUUAUAAAUAGCCUGUUACUAUAGCAGUGUUAAAGUUGCUUCCAUCACGAGUCCUUCUCUCUUCUGUGCAUUGCUGCUGAAUUUGAUAAAUCUAGUUGCGUCUUUUUUAUAGCGUUCCUACUAGAUUGGAUUAUGACAAAAGUCCUUAAAGGGAAUAUACAACGUUUGCUUUUGCUGUAAUUUUCAGAAAAGGAUGGAUUUGGGGUUGGUAUUUUAUAGAAAAUAUUGUUACAUUGACUUGUUUGAAGUUUUGUGUUCGUAUAUGCUGGAAAAACCAAGAAAAACAAUCAUAUUCUUGUAGUCUGGUUCCUUGACCCACCUUAAAUAUGAAACCGAGCCAAGUUAUGGACGUCAGGGAAUUGUAUUUUCAGGGAACCAGUCUAGUUGGCUUGUACCCGUUCUUAGGUGUGCAAUCGAUAGCAAACAAAAUACAGACUAACUAAAUUAUGGUCAAUUUGGGGUAGUACAAUGUAUUUGAAGAAAGCCAGUGUUUUCCAACGCUGGUUGGCCAAUCAGCAUUGGAAAUUGAUACAAAAAUAUCACUUUUCUUGAAAAUGUCAGCACAGGAGGUGUCAUGAUUUUACAGACUGUCAUUUACCAACAGUCCAGUCAGUCAGGUAUUUCAUAAAAAUUUGGUAUAUUUAUUUUUUGAUGUUUGCAAGUGUUGUAUUUUCCCUUUAAGACUAUUAUAUCAGGACGUAAAAUGCUGGGGAAAAAUCAUGAGUAAAGCUUGUAAGUGUAGAACUAGUCUCAUGCGUGCUUUCUCUGUAGGAAAUAAAAAGAAACUAGCUCAUAGUGGACAUGUCUAUCUUUAUUCAUAAAGUUGAAGAAUUGUAAGCUUGCGCUUCUCAUGUUUGGUGUGCCAGAAGUGCAACCCCUGUUAUAACUUGUGUCAGUUAUUAUUGUUUUUUUUUUGUAAAUAGUAUGGCAUAGAUCAUGUAUGUUUAAUUGUACAUGUACAUAAAUCAUGGAUGGUUUUAUUAGAAUGUGUACUAAAUACAGAUACAGGGGUGUGAGACCAGAAAAUGAAAUAAAUUAUUUGAGCAUCCGAUAAGAAAAAAAA